AUAUGUCCCGGGUUCGUACCCGUUCAGGUAUAACGAGUACUGAAAGCAGCAACCCCAUGAGAAAGAGGAACUAACCAGUACUUUCGAAAUCAGAAUCGUCGCCCACAAGAAAUCUCAGUUGUUGCUCCAGGUCGCCGGCUUGCGGACACGCGGAAAAUGUCACCAUCCGAUUUCCUUGGAAAAAAAUUCUGAUAAUUGCAUCACUUUGCGCGACAUUUUCACGUGUUUUUCAAAAUUACUUUUGACUAUUAAUUAUCAAAAAUGGGUUUUAUAUCUUCGUAUGACAAUGAUUUUAAUACAAAGUCAUUAAAAUCACCAACAUCGCGAUAAGCGAUGGAGUACGACAUUGUUGUAACCAUGGUUACACUGUUCAUGAGCGUUCGGUGUGUGGACUCGUUUUAAGAGCGAGUUUUGCCGUUUUGAGUUUGUGCAAGUUAUCAGAGAAUUAUGUCUAAAAGCUCAAACGGGGUGCCCAGGCAGUGCUUGCCGAGAGAAGUGUUAAAAUGGAUCCAAAGUUUAGAUUUGUCUUAUUCGGUUCGUAACGCCAGGCGAGAUUUUGCCAACGGGUUUCUCGUCGCUGAGAUAUUUUCAUGGUAUUACCCUCAAGAUAUACAAAUGCAUUCGUACGAUAACGGAAUAUCUCUGCCUACAAAGUUGGGAAACUGGUCUCAAUUGGAGCGAUUUUUCUCAAAAAAGAAGCUUGAUAUACCAAAAGAAAUGAUAGAUGGAACAAUACAUUGCAAACCAGGGGCAGCAGAGCUUUUAGUGCAGACGAUCUACUCCUCACUCACGAAUAGGGUUGUGAGGACGCUUGAGAGCGAACCGCCGGUCGAUUUCACCGAUGGAAAUUAUCAAAUGAAACUACCGUUACACGCUAGAUCAACCGCGUCCCAUUCAAUCAAAAAUAAUUUGAAGAUUACAGAAUUCAUGACCGAGCCAAAUAUUAUCACAAACAAAGAAAAAGCACAUACGAUUAUCGAAAACCAUCUCAAACGGCGAACACUAGAGCGCGUCGAAGAUCCAGCGAGGUUCAAUAUUAAACCAACUUUAGGUGAAAUGGCAGAGCGAUAUUGUCCUCCAAAUAACUCGGACAACAACCCACCAAUCCCAUUCCCUUCUGGCUAUAGUGAAAGAGAUUCAAAACCAGGUUCGAGGCAUACUAUUGACACUAGAGGCAGUGUUCACUUUAAAGAAGUCCAGGUUCGACAAGUGGACAAGUCUUCGCAACCGUCUGUCUACCCUGGAUCAUAUCAGACUGCUCAAGCUGUUUAGCGAACUUUAUUUUGAAUGAUUUUUAAUUUUACCCCCCUUGUCCCCCCACAUGUUAAAUUAUGGACAAUAUGAAAAUUGAAAAUGGUUCUACAUUUGCUGUUUUCGUACCCAUCACACUACAUUUUUACUCAUCCAUGCCUAUGGCAGAAUAAUAUAAUCUAAAUUACAGUGUUUUGAUUCUGCCCAACUGAUUCUUUAGAAUGCUUUCAUUUUUAUACUAGUACAAGCCAAUGGGGCGUGGCUAGUUAAGAAUAUUUGAUGCUUCACUGACCAAUAUACUGUUUUUUUAGGACUAGUUCACAAAACGCCGUCAAGUACUUCUAAGUUGCGUGGCAUAACCAUUUUUGCAUUUAUCAUUUCUAACCCCCACCUGACUAUGUCAUUCGAAAAUUAUGUCACUACAGCGUCACAGUGACGGAAAAAGGCCUGUCAAAGUAUACAGAUUUCGUUUAAAACGCGCAGACGAUUACCCGAAAUCAAGCAAGCUAUUUCUCUUGUUUUCUCGUCAUAACGAUCCCGAUAUUAGAAAAAUUGCUGGCGUCAGCAAUAUCGAUAUCGUCGACAGGGAAUGCUAUUUCGGGCCGAUCUUAGUUUUUUUUUUGGCAAGCUCUAUGACGUGAUUAUGACAUAAUCUUUGGAUGAUGUAGUCAGGUGGGGGAUAGGAAUAACAUAUGCAAAAAUGUUUGUGCAACUAGAAGUACUUACGGCGCUUAUUAAACAAGGGCUGUUUUUUCAAUAUCUUCAAUUAUUAUGACCAUAGUGUGUUAUUUUUUUUUCUAGCCUACUUUAGGCCGAUUCUUUCAAUAUAAUGCAACGGAGCAUAAUAGAGCAUUGGCACUGAUUGUUUAGAUAUAAGAUUCAUCCGACUGGCCACACCUCAUUUAUUUUCAGUAAUGAGUCAAUUCAUUAUUUUAAGUGUUAAUUUUAUGAAAAUUGUGUAGUAAGAUACUAUAUUAUUGAAUCUUUUUAAAAUUGCAGAAUAGCGUCACUUGAAUUACAGUGUUUUAAUUCUGUCAAUCUUACAGUGUUGUUUUCCUCCCAGUGUAUCAAAAUCAAAUUUUCUAUGGUUAGAUAAAAACUUGAUAAUUUUGAAUUAUUUGGUUUUAUUUAAAAAAUCAUCAAACAAUUUCCUCUCUGUAUAUCUGAAACAAAUAACUGGUUCACUAUUCCCAAAUCCUACAUUGACUGGUAUCUAGAUAAAAGGUUGUCGUUUCCAUACGAUAAGGCCAUCUUAUUGACCUUGCUCGUGGCAAAUAUGAAGAAUAGGAUUCACAUAUUUUAUCUUGGUGGAAAAAGGAAUCCAAUAAUGCGGCUUAAUCCUAAAGUGAAGAUUCCAUCCCAAUUUCAAAUGCAUGGUUAAACAGUUUAAACAUAGUUUUGAAAGUAUAUAUCUGCAUUUCCACAGCAUAGUGACUUUGUUGUGUAUAUUUUGAAUUACACAAAUUUCUCUGAAUGAUGCCAAAGUACACUACGUACCAGAUACUUUUAAAUACUAUGUAAUAUGGUCAUUUACUUAUAAUGUGUUCUUCACUUGUAACUCCUUUUAUCAGUACUCUACCAGUUUUACCUGAGAGAUCAGAACCUUUCUUUUAACAAACUGAUAUACAGGGUGUCCAUAAAGUCCCUUAACAAUUUUAAUUUUGUUAUGAAGUCGGUUCUUAAUAUAUCUUAACCAGGUUUGUUGAUUUAA